AUGAGUGUGUUAAAGCUGUCAAGCUUAAACUCUCAAAGUUUAAUUGUAGCUUCAAACGCUCUGAAUAACUAAGAGGUUGUUCAAUUACCACCAAUAAGUAUCCUAAAUAGCUUAGGAAUCAGCAUGGUACAAGUCCAAUUUACUAAAGAUUUGAAUUCAUCAUCUUUGGUUUAAUCCUCAAUAGAGAUCAAUGCAUUUGAUAACAAUUAAUAGCCUCUGGAUGUCAAUAUAUCUGAUCCAAAUAAGACAUUUGAUAUUAGCCUCAGUAUGAACUCCUAGGUUGCUGAUAUGAUCUAUCAGAUUAAGUAAAACUAGUCAUCCACCUUUGACUACAAUAUAUCCUGUGUCUAUCUCAAUGAGUCAACUGGAUAGUGGCUUGAUUUGGGUAUCAAAACUACUUUUACUACAAAUGGUACUGUGCUUUGUUAGUCUUCACAUUUAUCUCAAUUUUCAGCAAUCUAUUCCAAGGUUAAUAGAACAUUCCCUAUUGAAAAUAGUACAAAUGCAACUAACAAUGCAUCUAGCUUGAAUUAAACUAAUAACACAAAUAACGAAAGCAGUAGUGGAAAUUCUACUGUAUAAAGUAAUUCGACUUAAAAUAGUAAUUUUUCAUCUAAUUCAACAACUGCUAAUACAAAUUAAACUUCAAAUGCUACUAAUAAUUCUAGUAAUAAUCAAACUUCAAAUGCAACGAAUCAACCAACCGCUAAUCAAACUACAGAUGCUAACUAAACUUCGAGUAACUCGACCAUAAAUAACAGCAGUAAUAUUACAAAUGGAAAUACGACUAAUGAAAAUACAACUUAAAAUUAAUAAAACAGUACUUCAGCAAAUACAACUUAAAAUUAAACUAACUCUAUAACUAACAAUACAUAAACUACAAAUGAAACAAAUUAAUAGGGCAAUAUAACUCAAUAAAAUACCACUUAAAAUGAGACUUCUUCGAAUACAACAAUUAAUUCGACUUCUAAUGAAACUUCAAAUAGCAGUACAUAAAAUUAAACAAAUUAAGGCAAUGAAACAAGCUCUAGUAAUACCACAAGUGUAAAUACUACAACAUAGUAAAAUGAAAUAAACUCUACUAAUACUACCUAGAAUGAAACAAAUACUUCAAACAAUACUAAUAUUACUUAGGAUGCUAAUUCUACUACUAAUAUCACAGCUGGUGGAUUACAUAUUAGUAUUGACAAUGCUCAUCAAAUAGUGAACUAAUAAUCUAAAUAAAAGGAAAGUACCCUGCUCCUAAACAUUAUGAUCACUAUUAUUGCUAUAACUCCUUGGCUAACUAUUCUAAUAUCGAUUACCUUCCUUAGCCAAUAAAACUUUUUAGAUUCUGGAUUUUGA